AUGGCCGAAAUCAAAGCCGAUACGGCCACUCACCACCACCAUCUCAACGUGUUGGAACCCGAUAUUUCGGACCACAAGCCUUCCAAGCCGAAACGUGUCGCUUCCCUCGACAUCUUUCGUGGCCUCACUGUUUCGCUGAUGAUUUUGGUUGACGAUGCUGGUGGAGAGUGGCCUGUGAUUGGGCAUGCGCCAUGGAAUGGCUGCAACCUUGCUGACUUUGUAAUGCCAUUCUUCUUGUUCAUUGUGGGCAUGGCCAUUGCACUUUCUCUCAAGAGAAUACCAGACCAACUUUUGGCUGUCAAGAGGGUGAUUCUUAGAACUCUCAAGCUUCUGUUCUGGGGUCUCCUAUUACAAGGAGGUUUCUCACAUGCUCCUGACGAACUAACAUAUGGUGUUGACAUGAAAGAAAUAAGGUGGUGUGGGAUUCUCCAGAGAAUUGCUCUUGCAUAUCUGGUAGUGGCUUUGAUAGAAAUUUUCUCCAGAGGUGCACAAACCAAAAAUAUGGCACCCAGCGGGUUCUCCAUAUUCAAAUUAUACUAUUGGCAUUGGCUGGUGGCAGCAUGUGUUCUCACUAUUUACUUUGCUGUAAUUUAUGGGACAUAUGUUCCUGAUUGGCAAUUUACUGUCCUUGACAGAAAGAGUAUUGAUUAUGGGAAAAGUUUCACUGUAGCUUGUGGCGUGAGAGGACAACUAGAUCCUCCUUGUAAUGCAGUAGGAUAUAUUGAUAGAGAAGUGUUGGGAAUCAAUCACAUGUAUCCGCGUCCAGCUUGGAAAAGAUCUAAAGCUUGCACUGAGAAUUCCCCAUAUGCAGGACCAUUUCGACAUGACGCUCCAUCAUGGUGCCAUGCUCCUUUUGAACCUGAAGGAAUUGUAAGCUCUAUAUCUGCAAUUCUCUCCACAAUCAUUGGAGUACAUUUUGGUCAUGUGCUUAUACAAAUGAAGGGUCAUCCAGCCAGACUGAAGCAUUGGAUCCCAGCGGGCUGUGCUCUCCUUGUCUUAGGAAUCAUUCUUCAUUUCACUCACGCAAUUCCUUCAAACAAACAGCUAUAUACAUUUAGCUAUGUAUGUAUAACAUCUGGAGCAGCAGCUUUGGUGUUUUCAGCCUUCUACAUUCUGGUUGAUAUCUGGGGUAUAAAGUACCUAUUCCUGCCACUGGAAUGGAUCGGCAUGAACGCUAUGCUUGUGUAUGUUAUGGCAGCUGAAGGCAUCUUUGCAGGAUUCAUUAACGGGUGGUAUUACGAGGACCCCCAUAACACGCUAGUAUAUUGGAUUCAAAAGCACAUUUUUGUUGGGGUUUGGCAUUCGAGGAGAGUAGGCAUUCUGCUCUACGUCCUCUUUGCAGAGAUCUUAUUUUGGGGCAUUGUUACUGGCAUUUUGCAUCGGCUGGGCGUAUAUUGGAAACUCUAA